AUGAGAACUAUUGCUGCUGUUUGGCAUCAUUCUGUGAAGGAUAAGGACCAUACCAGACAGAUCAAGACACGUCACGUGACUUCCAUGAACCAAUCAACGACGCUGAUGACGGUGCUGACGUUGUUAGCGUUUGGGCUAAGGCCGAGCCUAUGCUGGUGCGAGACCAGAUGCGAACAAUCCAUUCCCUCCCUGUACAGACUUCGCGCCUAUUGGUCCAGGUCUUUCAAACGAAUAGGGGAACAGCGUGUGUCGUUUGAACAGUUCUUGCUGUCGCUGGUGCAGCAGUCUGACGACGAGGUGGUGAAGCAGUUGCGUUCCUCCCUGCUGCGGAUCAUCGGCAGGUACCAGGACUGCGUCAUGGCUUGUGAGCACCAGUUCAGCAAGCGGAACCAGCGAGGCCGAGGACGAAGUCGCAAACUGAAGCAGUUGUCAAAGGUUACCACAAUUUUGAGACAAAGGUCAACCCUUGAGAAAGAUGACAACACGGACAUUCUUCUGUCGUUUCAAAGUGCAAGACUUGUCACACACUUGACCUGA